GAAUGAUUUGAAACCACGUUUACGAUUGUCAAGUCUGACAUUUGAGCAAAGAUGGUGAAAAACACGAUCAAAGUAUAUGCAAGAAUUAAAAAAGAAGCUAAAUCCAAAAAGAUCAAAUUAGAAAAUUAUAUCAUAUCAAGAUCUGGACAAGAAUAUGACGACUUGAUAUUCCAUCAGACCAGCAGUGAUGUUAGGUUUUCUUACUAUCAAUUCAGGUAUCAUAAAGUAUUCGAUCAGCUUUCCUCUCAGGAAGAAAUUUUUGAAAUAGUUGCUAAGCCUGUAGUAAAUAGUGUCAUACAUGGUUUCAACGGAACUAUAUUCGCAUACGGACAAACUGGUAGCGGUAAAACGUAUUCUCUGACUGGAUGUCCAAAGGUUUACGAGAAUAGGGGAAUCAUUCCAAGAUGUAUUGAACACAUUUUCGAAUAUUUGACUGAGAAUCCUGAAUCCUUUACUAUUCAUCUUUCUUAUUUGGAAAUAUACAACGAGAUUGGCUACGACCUGUUGAACCCCAAGCAUAUAGCAUCAAAACUCGAGGAAUUUCCGCGUGUAAUAUUGUUGGAAGAUGGUAAGGGAAAAGCCCAUUUGAGAAAUUUGAGUGUUCAUGCUGUAUCUACUGAGAAAGAGGCUAUGAGGUUGCUUUUUCUAGGAGAUACUAACCGGACCAUCGCUGAAACUCCUAUGAACGACUAUUCAUCGAGAUCUCAUUGUAUUUUCACAAUAUAUCUGACGAGCCAGAUGAAGAGGAAUAACAAGACAUUGAAAUCUAAGUUGCAUAUCGUAGAUCUUGCUGGUUCUGAACGUAUCAGCAAGUCCGGUAUAACAGGUAAUACUUUGAAUGAAGCCAAAAAUAUAAAUCUAUCUCUGCACUAUCUGGAGCAGGUGAUAUUGGCUCUCUCUACCUCCAAAAAGCACAUCCCUUUUCGAAACAGCAUGCUUACUUACCUCCUCAAAGACUCCCUAUCUGGUAACUCCCUGACAACUAUGCUUGCAACCUUGGCGGCAACGAAGAAAAAUAUCGAGGAAACCAUAAGUACCUGCAGAUUUUCCAAGAGGGUAUCCAUGAUUGCCACACAACCCAAGAUAAACGAAGAAGACGUUGUUGAUUCACAGCGGGAAAUCAACAUACUCCAGAGCGAAAUUUGUGAAUUGAAAACGAAGCUCUUGAAGUAUGAGGGAGAUCACAAAUCAAGUGGUUUCCACCACUGCUUGCUUGGGGAAGAUGAGUUGGACGUACAACAAAAACGAGAAAACUUUGGAAAUAUCGUGGAACAAUUUCUGAAUUAUAAAGUCGAAGUUGUGGAUUUGACUUUGUCGGAGAUGAAGCAUUGCAUGGAAAUCAUGAGGGAAAUGUUACAGGGUAAAAAAUUGCGAGGAGAUGUUGGAGAUUUGAAAGCCAAGCUGACAGAAAGAGAGGAGAGAAAAAUCGGUCUAGGUGUUGCUCAAGGGAUUGGAUACGAAAAACCAGGAGAGAAAACGAUUUUUUCGAAUUGCAAUAAUAUAGAUGCUAUCGAUAAAAAUGUCUCAAGUGAACAGGGGAGGUUUUGUAGAGAUAAAUACAACGAAGAAAUCGAAGACUAUCGCCUGAAACUCAAGUAUACCUAUGAAGAAGCAAAAUCUAAGACUUAUGUAAUCGAACAGUGCAGGCAAAACAUAAUAAUCCUCAGGACUAAAAUGGAUCAACAUCGAAAUUCCAAGAUAAAAGAUCGUCUUGUCGACGAGUUACACCGCCAACAAGAAGUCUAUAGGAAAACCAUUCUAGAAUUGAGAAAUUUGGAGAAGAAGACUAACCACUUGAAGUGCGGCCUCUUACAGUCUGAAAUGAAGCUGAGAAGAAGGGGCAGUCCUAGCAAUUGUACCUUAGAAAAUGAUUUCUCAAUCAGAGCUUAUGAAGAUGAUGGUGCACCCAAAAUUAACUUGGAUACAUCUUUCAAUUCGUUGUCUGCUGGUUCAGUGCUGUCUCGAAACAGAAGAUAUUGUUAUGAAGAUUACAAUCGUCCAGAAAAAGAAAAUGAAGUUAGUGAAAUUGCCCACUCUGCUCACCAUCAAAAAGAUUUAUCUUCAAAUGGUUGUGCAAAAAGUGGCACCUCUCACUCCUUCCUGCAACAACUGGUAGAUGGUGGUAUCCCAUUGGCCAAAGAUCAACUGGGUCUUUUUCCUAAAAGUGAAGCAUCGAUAGGAGCUGAUUGGUCUUCGGAUUACAUUCGAAAUCAUCCUGUAUGUCCGCUUACCUCAAAACGUAAUAACACAAGGAAUAUCGACAGGCAGUUAGGAAAUAUUCUGAAGGAAAAUAAUGAAAGUUAUGAGGUAGCCAGGUCCUUUGGGACUGAGGGAAAUGAUUUGCCAGGAAACCAUGCUGAAGAAAAAUAUUCAAGGAAUGAUAAAUUAUCCCUUGGAAAAAACUCUGAGUGGGAUUCCAUCAAAUGCGGAAACCACCAAUUGUGCAAUAUCCCAGUAGUCCUGAGAGAUUCAGCCACAAGCACCAUCCCCAGUUAUGAGGAUGAACUUGCUAAAAAUACAGAACAAGCUGGUUCAUUGUACAGAGGGAGUGAUUCUGCACAAUUCAAAGAAUUCAUGAAAUCUGUACCGCUGACAGGGGAUAAGGAGGUCGACGAAGAAAUAUUGAAUUUUUAUAGGUCGAAAUUUAAGACAUAA